CAACUAUCCCAGGUUGAACAUGGGUGUUUUCAUCGUCCUCUUAAUCGCUUCGUUGGCCUUGGUUAGUCAGGCUCAUCCACAUCGUGGUCAGGGGGCCGGUAUGUUACAUGAUGGUCAUCACGAUUUCUUAGACUUGGCUGCUAGAAUUGCAACAUCCAUGAAACACAACGAUAUCGAUGACCAAUCGGCACAUUUAACACCGUCUAAAUUGCUGAGCUGUAUUUCAGAAGAAUCUCGAAAUACAAUCCAUGAACAAUGCGAAGAGCAAUUUCAUGGAAAUCCUGAUCACACACCUGCGGUAACAGCCACCUGUAUCUUAAACAUGAUGAACGCGAUCGACAACACUACAGGACUUAUUGAUGUUGCCUUGUUGGAUGUGCUCACCGUUGAGCCAACCUCCCUUACACCUGAGCAGAAGAUCUUAGCAUCUGGAAACCUCAAAUCUUGUAUAGAAUCCAACUACACUUUGCCACCGCCUCCUGAUUUCAUGCUUGCUUCUAGAAAUAUGACCAAGGAAGACUUCGCAAAAAAACACGAUCGAAACAGUGCAUUGCGAGCUAUUGUUUGCGUGGUUAAAUCUUUUAUUGAAAACGGAUGUUCCAGCGCUUCACCCAUGGCUGCUUUAGUUGUUGCUCCAGUUAAUUCAGACGAUGACAAUUCCUCGGACGAAGAUUCAUCUCGUGAUAAUGACGAUGACGAUCAACUUAAAAAAGGCGUACUUCGACACCCCUUGACAUAAACACGGAACAGAAAUGUCUUUGAAAGAAAAAAUUAACUAGCAAACAAUGGGAAUUUGCUUCAAAUUUACUACUUUCUUAUAUAAAGUGGAAUGCAUAAUAUACAAUAUUUCCGGUGGUGUAAUGAAAUAUUAC